AUGAGGCCGUUCGUGGGUCUCCUGCUCAGCCGGCUGUUGCUGCCGCUGCUGGUCCCCUUGGUCCUCCUUGCAGCGCAGCCCUCCAAGGCCCACGAGAGAACGGCGGAAUGCCCAGAGAGAUGCGUGUGCCUCCGCAACCAACUCACGGUGCGAUGUAUACUUCUGAAGCUGAACCGGGUGCCGCUGGUGGCACGUAACACCUCCGUCCUGGACCUCCGAUUCAACCACAUCGCGGAAGUACGCCCGGGAACGUUCCACGGGCUCGGUCAGCUGGACACCCUGCUGCUGAACGACAAUCGUAUUCGGCAGCUAGCGGCGGGCGCCUUCGACGGCGCUCCGAAUCUGCGUGUGCUCUACCUGUACAAAAAUCGCAUCGUCCGCAUAACGCCGGGUGCCUUCGCCGGGCUGCCGCGGCUCGAGCAGCUCUAUCUGCAUCACAAUCAUCUGCGGGAGAUCCUACCUGGCACGUUCAACGAUCUGCCGGCAUUGGAACGGCUCUUCCUUCAAAACAAUCGACUGCACCAGCUGCCGGCCGACGCGUUCCUCAACGUUGGCCCGAUGACACGACUGCGCCUCGACAGCAACGCACUCGUCUGCGAUUGCAACUUGGCCUGGCUGGUGGAACGGAUGCGUGACAGGCGCUUGGAGAUGGCAGCGAUCUGCCAGGCUCCCCAAGAGAUGAAGGGUCGCUCUUUGACGACGAUGUCGAUCGAGGACUUCCAUUGCACGAAGCCGCGCAUAAUGCAGGGACCAACGGACGCGACGGUGUGGGUCGGCGGCACGAUUACGUUCACCUGCCGGGCGACGGGAGACCCGACGCCGAAGAUCAAGUGGAUGCGGGACUCGAACGAGGUGGGCCAGGACGGCAAGAGAUACGUGAUCCGCAAGGACGGCACUCUGGUGAUCACCGACGUGACGGAGCAGGACGUGGGCGAGUACGAGUGCGUGGCCAGCAGCGACAUGGGCUCGACCAAGUCCAGGAAGGCUCGGGCGGUCAUCAUGGUGUCGCCGACCCUGAGAUUCACCGAGCUCCCGGAGUCGCGCACCGUGACCGCCGGCACUGACGUGACCUUCACCUGCAGAGUCGACGGCAGCCCGUCGCCGAGUGUCCGCUGGUGGCGAAACGGCCAGCUGAUCGCCCUCGGCGACCGAUUCUCGCUCGAGCAGGGCGGCAACGUGCUGCGCAUCUACGCGGCCAAGGAGACGGACACGGCGCGAUACGUGUGUCGCGCCCAGAACGCCAACGGCUUCGCGGAGACCAGCGCGGACCUGCAGGUCCUCGCCGCGGACUCCAGCGCGCCCCGACUGUCGUACGAGCCGCGGGACGUAGACGCGGAGCCGGGCGCCGUUGUCGAGGUGCCCUGCCGGGCCGAAGGUAAGCCGAAGCCGAUGAUACAGUGGAAGAAGGACGGCAACACAGUGGAGAACGGCAGAAUCAAGAUCUCGCGCGGCGGGAGUCUCUACAUCUACAACGUGAGCUCGCAGGACAUCGGCAGGUACGAAUGCUCAGCCGUGAACGAUUACGGCCGCGCAACCGGCCAUGCUUUGGUGCGCGUUCGGCAGCCCGGUGCGACGGACGCACUCGUCAUACGAGCGUUCCAGGACGCCACCGAGGAGAUCGAUCGUGCCAUCAACAAGACGCUGUCGAACCUCUUCAGCACCAACCGUUCAGGCACCGCGCGAGUCGACCCGUUCCGAGCGGGACGAUUCCCGAACGCCAUCAGCCGCGCUGCCGCCAGACCCGCGGAGAUCUUCGAGAGGACCCUCGUCAAUAUCCGGCGCUUGGUGAACGCCGGCGCCGCGGCGAACGUAACCGGUGAAUUUCGUUAUGAGGAGAUACUGUCAUCGGAACAGGUGAAGGAUAUCGAGAGGAUGUCCGGAUGCAGCGGUCACCGACGCCGGCAGAACUGCAGCAACAUGUGCUUCCACAAUAAGUAUCGGACGAUAGACGGUAGCUGUAACAAUCUACGGCAUCCCACUUGGGGCUCGUCGCACACGGGAUUCCGACGAGUGCUGCAGCCCGUUUACGAGAACGGCUUCUCGAUGCCAAUCGGUUGGGAGAAGGGACGGCGAUAUUUCGGCUACCCGAAACCAGCCGCGCGUCUCGUGUCGACCACGCUGAUCUCCACUCACGACAUCACGUCGGACGAGCGGAUCACCCACAUGGUGAUGCAGUGGGGCCAGUUCCUGGACCACGACUUGGAUCACGCGUUGCCGUCCGUGUCGAGCGAGUCUUGGGACGGGAUCGACUGCAAGAAGUCCUGCGACAACGCCGCGCCGUGCUUCCCGAUGGAGGUGCCGCCGGGCGAUCCUCGCAUCAGCAACAGGAGAUGCAUCGACUUUGUGCGAAGCAGCGCCGUGUGCGGCUCCGGCGCGACGAGUAUCCUGUGGGGCGUACUGACACCUCGCGAGCAGCUGAACCAGCUGACCAGCUACCUGGACGCGUCGCAGGUCUACGGCUAUGACGACGAGCUGGCGCGCAACCUGCGCGACUUGACCACCGAUCGGGGACUGCUUCGGGAAGGCGCCACGUUUCCCGGCCACAAGCCUCUGCUGCCCUACAUGUCCGGCCAGUUCGUGGACUGCCGUAGAAAUCCACUGGAGAGCUCGAUCAACUGCUUCGUGGCCGGUGACAUCCGCGCGAACGAGCAGGUCGGCCUGUUGGCUAUGCAUACCAUAUGGCUGCGUGAGCACAACCGCGUGGCUCGCGCGCUACGCGACAUGAAUCCCCACUGGAACGGCGAGAAACUCUAUCAGGAGGCGAGACGCGUCGUCGGCGCCGAGAUGCAGCAUAUCACUUACCGGCACUGGCUGCCGCGGAUAUUCGGCAUCGAACUGGACGAGCUUCUGCCGCCUUACCGCGGCUACAAUCCCAACCUCGACGCCAGCAUAUCCAACAUCUUCGCCACUGCCGCCCUGCGCUUCGGUCACUCGCUGAUCCAGCCGCGUCUCGAGCGUCUGAACGCCUCCUUCCAGCCGAUCCCUCAGGGUGCCCUGAGUUUGCGUGACGCCUUCUUCGCGCCUUGGCGUCUGGUGGAGGAGGGCGGUGUCGACCCGCUGAUCAGGGGCAUGUUCGCCACUGCCGCGAAGCUCAAACUGCCCGAGCAGAAUCUCAACUUGGAGCUUACCGAGCAGCUAUUCCGCACCGCUCACGCGGUCGCGCUCGACCUCGCCGCCAUGAACAUUCAGCGGGCGAGAGAUCAUGGUAUACCUGGCUACCUGGAGUGGCGACGUCACUGCAACAUGUCGCACGUGGAGACCUUCGAGGACCUCGCCGGCGAGAUCAGUAACGGCAAGGUGCGUCAGAAGCUGCGCGAGCUGUACGGCCAUCCGGGUAACAUAGACGUCUGGGUCGGCGGUAUCCUGGAGGAUCAGCUCCCGGGCGCCAAAGUGGGGCCGCUGUUCCGCUGCCUGCUGCUGGAACAGUUCCAGCGCACCCGGGACGGCGACCGGUUCUGGUACGAGAAUCCCAGCGCGUUCCGCGCCGAGCAACUCGUGCAGAUCCAGCAGGCUACGCUCGCUCGGAUCCUGUGCGACAACGGCGACAAUAUCGCCCGCGUACAACCCGACGUAUUCCUGCUGCCGACGGGCAGCAACGUCUACGUCACCUGCGACGAGAUUCCCCGCGUGGACUUGAGCGUGUGGGCAGACUGCUGCGAGAAUUGCGAGGACAGCAGCACCGCCGUUCUCCGUGUGCGCAGAGCGGCCGAGAAAUACCUGGCUCCCGCGAACGACGUGAAAAGCGCGAUGGAUUCGUUGACUUCUCACGACGAAAAAAUGAUGUUCUUACGCAGGAAGUUUGAGGAGAGCGACCGAGAGGCUAGGAGGCUGCGAGAGCAGAUCGAGGACCUGUCGCGCACGAUGAACGAAUUGAAAUCGUUAUUCCUGGAAGACGUUACGACACGACAAUAGGAGAACGAAUUACGUGCCAUGCUUGAAUUGUAGCUCUGUUCGCCGCAGGUAGUCCCGCUUGCUUUUGUCCUCAAUACAAUGUUUUAUGUUCUUCUUUAUGCAUUUAUGUAAAUAGAAAUUCUGCCAGAAAUACUGCCGUAAUGUAAAAUGUUAUCUUCCAUGAAAGUAGCUCAGUUAUCACCAAGCAGGUUGCGAGCAAUUAUCUUUUCAAUUAAAUAUCGUGUUUGAUUGACGAUUAUUUAUUGACGAUGUAAGCUAAUUCAAUUGUGGACUAUUUAAUUGACAAUUGAUUUUAACCAAUUUAAUUAAAGAUUGUUCGAUUGACGAUUGACAUUUUCACAAAUUCAAUUAAACACUAUUCAAUUAACGAUUGAUAUGAACAAAGAGAAUAAAAAAUCGCUCAAUUAAUAAUUGAGCUUAGCAAAUUCAAUAAAGGCCGUUUAAUUGUGACAACUAAACUUGGCAAAUUUAAUUAAUCCUCCGUGCACAAUCAUAUCUUUUGGAUCUACAGUACAAUCAGAGUCUGCCGGGUAACUUUGAACCAUCAUAACCAUUUGUUGAAAAUCAAGAUUUUUGAACACAUUUUUUUCAAAGAUAUAAGAAAGCUUCAGCUAGGAUAGUAGCGCAAUAAAGUCCAAAUCUGCAAAUAGAUUUGCGUUAUUUUGAAAUUUCUCUGGGCCUUUUACGAAAAUUGGUGAACGGCCGAAUAUUCGUUCGGGUCUCACAGACCAAACAUUAUACGCGGAGGGCAUUAAAUGCCGUUUAAGUAACGAUUGAUAUGAGUAAAUUCAAUCGAAAAUUCGGUGACAAUAUAAUCAAUGUCCCUCUCAACGCGGAUCCUAUUUAGCGCUUCUCAAUCACCGGCAUCUCUUACGACGAUAUGAUACGGAUAUGAAUAUUAUCUACAAGUCAGUACUGCUACUUUACAACUUAUUCAAGUGUAUACAAAAGAAUUUACAAUAAUAAAAAUUUAGAAAUAAAAUAAAAAUAUCAAAGAAUAAAAAUAUAUCCAAAUAAUCAAGUUAUAUAACUUAUCUUGUCUCAGGAUACAAUCCAUUACAUGCUACAAAUGCUUCGAAGCGUCGUAUACAUUAAUCAUAGUUUUUUUUUAAAUUCCUCAAAAUAUUUACAGCGUCUAAUGGAUCGUACUCCACGAUAAAAAUAAUUGAUAGUAAGAUAGUAGAUAAGUAAUUAAUAACAAAAGAAUAGCAUGAAGAAUCAAAUAGGUGACACUCACAUCUUUCAUACACUGACCAAAGUAAUCCUCUUUGAGUAAUCGAUUGAAUUUGCUCGUAUCAAUCAUUAAUUGAACAGUCUUUAAUUAAAUUCAUUGAAAUCAAUCGUCGAUUAAACAUUCUUCAAUCAACUUUGUUCGAAUCAAUCGUCAAUUAGUUAAACUGAAACAUAUCUGUUCAACUAUUAAAUUGGGAGAAAUUAAAUUGAUAUUUUUGCAACCCUGUCCAGGUCGCAAUCGACAUGCGAAAUCAUAUGUAUCACAGUGUGCCGUAGCGUAGCUUGAGUGACUUAUUAUUAACUUUUACAGCGACUCUAUAGAAGGUACGCACUAAGACACAAAUUUUGUACGCUAUUCUUUAUUAUGUAUAUAUAUUGACAUAUUUGAUUUAUGUCAAUCUAUGGAAGAGCUUAAUUAAGGCUCUUAUUAAUUAAGCUUUUAGAAAAUACUUUGUGUGUUGGCCACGCGCAAUGACGUCCUUACCGUCAUUCUUCGUGAGUUCCACCGCAAGGAAAGCUAAGCUUCUACCAGCAUGUAUAGUCUUAGCAUCGACAGUCACUGUUUCACCGGGAAAUGCAGCUUUCAAAAACCUGUGCCAUUAAUUAUUAAUUAAUCGUAUUACUUCAUAAGCAUUUAUAUGCAUAUUUUUUAUUAAUAAAGAUGAUUAAGUUACGAUAUUGUGUCGUGUCCAAUUUCUAGUCUCUAACCAAUAUGUCACAACCAAAUGUUGUAUAUGUACUUAUUCAUACGAGGCAAAAAUAUUUCACUCAUCAGGAAAGUUAUAUGAAAAAAUAUCAAUGUAUGAAGCAACACAGAUAUUCUAACUGUAUAUAAAUGAUCUAAUAAAUAUAACAAAAUAAAGAAAGCUAAUAAAGA